AAGUUGGCCGUUGCGUUAGACAUGUGAAAAUACAUAAACGACGGAAAGGCAAUAACAGUAUAUAAUUGUCUUAAUUAUUUUUAUGUAUAAAUAUUUUCUUAGUUUUGCGGAAGUGCAUAAAGGUGUUGUUUAACUAAAUAUUUUAUUUAUAAUCAUCAAUGUGUUUUAGUGUGCAUUUAUGCUUUAACCAAGCGAAAAAAUUAAUUAAAUGUAAAUGUUAAAUUUUGCAAAAAAAAAAAAGCAAGAGAACAAGUGAAUAGAUUUAAAGUUAAAUUUUGUCCAAAGGCAAAUAAAAUUGAUUUUUCCCAUCAAAUUUUUUUUAUAAGUACAACAACAUAAAAGUUAAGAAGCAUUUUCAAGCUUUGGAAGAAAGCGAAACAACAACAUCAAUAAAAGGAAUAACAAACAAAUUAAUAAUACAAAAGAGAAGAUGUAAGAUAUUCGCCAUAAAAUUAAUGCAUAUCUAAAAAAUGAUUUGAAUUAAUUGUGGAGAAAAAAGGAAAACAUCUUAAAUAUGUCUGCUAUUCUAUUUAAUUCGGAGCAGGAUUUAAACUCAACAUCAUCAACACACAACGAUUCGAACACUUCCAUAGACAACAACUUGUCUUCUACUUAUCACGAUAAUGAAUCCCAAAAGAAACAAAAACUGGAUCGACCCUGCUCCGCUAUUUACGAGGAUAUUUUAGACUCAAAAAUGAAUGGUCUAAAAAUCCAUGCAGAUGCCGAAGAUGAAGUAGAACCCACCCUCAAUGUUAGCAAUGGUCAAAACUAUUGUGAUGGCAGCGAUAGUGGCGUUGAAAUUACAAACAACGUCAAUGUUACAUUACAGCGGGCAUUAAGUAACCAGAGUGGUGGUUAUGCGAGCAGUACACAAGGUGGCAUGGAUGACACCACCCAGGGUAUAAAUUUAUCUUGUAAUUCGAGCAUGAUUAGCUGCAGUUCGGAUGUAUAUGAUUUGAAACAACCUCACAGUUUGGCGGGUACCAAUAUAAAUGGUUGUCGUUCUUCGAACAAUUAUGAAUGUUGCAGUGAGAAUGGUAGUGAAAGUAGUUCCAUAGCUGGGCAUACUACCAUGGCCGUGCGUAGAGUUAAUAAUCACAAUAAUGUUAAGAAAAAAGUGGCAAUGUUUGAACCGUCAAUGCACGAAAGUCUCAUUAUGAAGAGUAAGAGUUCAUCGAAGGAUGUAACGGUUGUUUCAAUUCCAGCCCAACAACAGAACAGGCCACGUUUAAGUGGCUUAAAACGAGCUGUUUCUUUGCCUCGACCCACUCAGGGUACAGCUCAACAGGUACGAGAACGUUUAAGUGAUAAAAUGCACAAUAAUUCGAAGAUCAACAACAAUUGCUUGACUCCUUAUCGCAGUAGCCAACCUCGUACUCCACAAGGAAAACCCCAAAAACCUGAAACUUUACCUAGCCAAUUGAGUCGUACGACUUCGAUGAGUAUGCAACGCUUAAUACAGCGUACACCUUCCUUAAGCAGGGCUCGUACACCAUCAACUCCCGAUGAUGGACGGUGGCCCGGAGUUACUAACUCUAGAUCUACGACGGCUAGAAGAGGUUUAUCUGUAACUCCGGAUUUGUCUUCUGCGAAAAUGCGUUCUAGCAUGAUGGCAAGCAUGGAAAUUAAGUCAUCAUCAUCCAGUCCGUAUGGUACUUUACCCCGCAGACGUAAACAAAAAUCAGUGGAAGAUCUUACAGGACGAAGUUCAAGAAGUAGUUCCAUUACUAGAGAAUCGCGAAUGACUUCAUCGGUCAUCAUGACUUCACGCAAAAGUUUGGCUACUUCCUAUGCCACCAGUUCCAAUAACACACCUACACAACAUAAAACCAUAACCUCAUCAUUAAGCUUAUCCAAAACAUCUUCCUUAAGAAAGCCUCAAACGCCUUCUUGCAAAACUAGAAUCUAUCAUGAAACGGGCUCUCAAACUGCAUUAACUAACAACGACAUUGAAAAAGCUUUUGCUGGUGUAGCACUCUCGGCCCGCUCUGUAGAAUCGGUGGAACAGAAGGAUCAAGAAACCCAUGCUGAGAUAAGAGAUCAAGAAAUGGAACGUUUACGAGAUGAAGUGCGACACUUAGCCCAGCGUGAACAAGAUCUUACGGUAAAACUCAAGAGGGAGCGAGAAGAAAAAUUAGCUAUGCAAAGGGAAUUACACAUGAAUACCGAAAAGGUUAUGGGUCUUUUGAACCUAGCACGUAUAGCCGGCAAUGGCAAAAUGUUGGACGCCGGAACUCCCACUUCCGAUGAGGGAGAAUCAAAUCAAGAUAGUCUUCUUAUGUUAGAAUCACAGAUUCAAAUGUCAGGUCAUGAGCUAAUUGAACGACAGCAGGAAGUUGGUCAGCUGAGAAAAUUAUGUCGAUCUCUUCAGGCGGAAAUGGAGAGAUCACUCAUGCAACAAGAAUGCUUAAUGCAGGAAAAGGCUGCUAUUGAACAAGAAUCUAGUGAGUUGCAAGAUUUCUUGCAACACGAAAAAGCUGCCAUGUGUGAUGCUCUCAAGGAUCUGGAAACGGAAUAUCAACAAUGUCAACAGCAACUAUCCAGCAAAGAUGAGGAAGUAAAGGUGUUAAGAGACGAAUGCAGACAUUUGGUGCGGUUAAAUGAACAGAGAAGACAAGAGAAUCGAUUGUUACAAACUAAAUAUGCUGCCUUGGAAUCAAAAUCAAAGGAACUGAUUAUGCAACAAAAUGCCUCAGUUUCAGGAGCUACAGCUGCUUUAUCUGGUUUACAUGCACGUUUGGAUAAUUUGGUAGAACAGUUAGUGUUCUCAUACAAUAUAUCCGAACAAGAUUUGGAGGACAUCGGUUUUCAAAAUGAUACACAAACAAAUGUCAGUGCCAGUGGUGAAAAUUCAUUGGAUUGUGAAACAUCAUCUGUGAAAUUAACCCUCAAUGGUCAUGAAGUUACUCAAACGCAGCAACAUCCACAAACACUUAAUUUUGCACAGGCUCAAAAUCAUAACCAUCAUCAUCAUCACACACAGUUCCAAUUAAAUUCGGCCAGUGAUGGUUCUUUGUCACCACAAAGAAAUCAAUCAUUUAUAGCGGCUGUUAUUAGUGCCAUACGAAACGCCACAACUCACUCGGGCAAACGACUGCUAGUAAGACAUAAUAAACGACAUAGUGCUGGUGGAGGCAACGGUGGUCUACAUCAUCAUCAUCAACCGCAUCAGCAUAAUCAAUUAAAUAUGAAUAGUCACAAUAAUAAUCACCAACAAAAUAUUAAUGAGAAUAAUGGAGACGAUUCAGAUUCUACAGAAAUGUUGGACUCUGAAACCGAACCUUGUCUAAUGAUGGACAACGUAUUAGAGGAUGUGCCCAUGCCAGAUUCACACUCCCAUAACAUGGUAUCAUCAUGUACGGGCAUGAUAUCACAAAUAGAAAUACCCUCGGAAAUUCUUAAUGUAACAACAGCUGAUGAAUCUUUGCAAAACCUUUCCCAAGCCAUUGUCAAUCGACAGAAUAUGGAAUCACAAGUAAAUGUAUUAGGUGUGCACAAAAUGAAUUUUCAGUUGAAUGAUCAACCAAGUUGUACAGAAGAAAUGAGUUGCCAUGAUUCGGUGGCUGAAAUGCCCUCCUUAGUUGAAUAUUCGGCUACUCAAGCUGUAGUUGACCAGGUCAUAGAGGUGGACAGUUUAGUAACUAAAUUAUUAAAGGUUUUGCGUCUCAUACAAUUAGACAAUGACAACUGUAUUCAACAGUUAAUCAUGGAUAAAAAUAAAUUACAACAAAACAAAGAAGACAUGUUGGAAAAAAUUAAAGACUUACAAGACGUUAAUGUUAAACUACAAGAUGAGCUAAUGGAUGCCACCCAAGAGUUAAUGUUAAAGAAUAACGAUUUAUCGAAUACCAAAGCAGAAAUCCAACGUCAUCGUAAUGAAAUUGAUCGUUUAACCGAGGACAUCUGUAAUUUGAGCACGUUGUGUAGUAACUAUCGCAAACUAUCACCCAGCACUGAAUUGCCCCAAUUCCCCAAUUUAAAUUUAUCGUUACAAACGGAAAUUGUUGAUAAUCAGGAUGAGAUUGGUGGCAUUAUAAAUUUGCUCAAAAUGUGGCAAGCAGAUGGACAACUAAAAGACAAUAGAAUACAACAAUGUAUGGCAAACAUUUUAGAAUUAAAUUCCUCCCAUAAAAAUCACAACAAUGUAAUACAUCCCUUAAAUGAACGUUUACGCAUCUAUGCCAAUCAAUUGGAAAACAUAUUAACGGUAUUAAAUACCGCUAGUCCGCAGUUAAUUAUUGAAAAUCCAGCUUUACAACAGUUACACAAGGACUUAGAAAUUGUUAAGCUUAAUGCAAAUUGGUCACAACUGUUAAACGAGACCGAGACGCCUCAUAAUUGUAAUGAAGAUAUAAAUGCCAAUUAAAUGAACAUUUUUAUUAUAAAAAACAAACAAAAAAUCCAAAUUUAUUUACAAAAUUUACGUCCAAGAAUUUAUGAAACUGAAAAAAAAAACAAAACAAAAAUUACCUAACAAUUAUUCAAA